CCAAACACACACACACAAGAAAAAAGAAAAAAACCAUUAUGAGAUUUUCUCUUCUGUUCUUGAUUCUAACAAUAGCUUGUACGAUCGAGACACAAGUGAACUGCUUAGAGUUCGAUUUUCGUAAGUUUAAUGAGAGCAAUGAUCGGGACUUGAUCCGAGAAAACUCAUACAUUGCCCUUGGAGCUAUCCAAGUGACUCCUGAUGUUCGUGGUGGCUCUAUAGCUAACCUAGCGGGCCGAGCGCUCUACAAAGAUCCAUUCAGGCUAUGGAGCAAAGACAAGAAGAAUGCUACUUUCAACACCACUUUCGUUCUUAACAUCUCGAACCAAACCGAUCCAGGAGGUGAAGGCUUAGCCUUCGUUCUCACAUCCGAGAAGACCGUUCCUCAGAACAGCUCAGGUAUGUGGCUCGGUCUAGUCAACGAAAGGACGAACAUGACUCGAGAGUCGAGGAUUGUUUCUGUUGAGUUCGACACAAGGAUGAGUCAUCCUGGUGAUCUUGAUGGAAACCAUGUAGGUCUUAAUGUGAACAGCAUCGAUUCGGUUGUUCAAGAAUCUUUGAGCAGUCGAGGGAUUAUGAUCAGUUCCAAAGACGACUUAAUCGCGCAUGUGAGGUAUGAUGGUAAGAAUCUAUCUGUUUAUGUCUCAAGAAACUUGGAGGUUUAUCAACAGAGGAACUUAGUGUUUUCUAGAGCUAUAGAUCUCUCAGCCUAUCUUCCAGAGAAGGUUUAUGUUGGAUUUACGGCUUCAACAAGCAAUUUGACGCAGCUGAACUGUGUGAAAUCAUGGAAAUUUGAAGCUUUGGAGAUCGAUGGAGAUCAAAAGUUGUUAUGGCUCUGGAUCACUAUCCCUAGUGUGUGUGUUGUUGUAGUAGGAGCUCUCUUAGGGGCAUUGUACUUGAGAUCUAGGUCAAAGGCAGGGGAAACACAUCCGGAUAUAGAAGCCGAGCUAGAUAAUUGCGCUGCAAACCCGCAGAAGUUCAAGCUGAGGGAGCUGAAGAAAGCAACAGGAAACUUUGGCGUGGAGAACAAACUUGGGCAAGGCGGGUUUGGGAUGGUCUUUAAGGGGAAAUGGCAGGGGAGAGACAUAGCUGUGAAACGAGUUUCCGAGAAAUCGCAUCAAGGAAAGCAAGAGUUCAUAUCCGAGAUCACAACUAUAGGUAAUCUGAACCAUAGGAACCUGGUGAAGUUACUGGGAUGGUGCUACGAGAGAAAGGAGUAUCUUCUGGUUUAUGAGUAUAUGCCUAACGGAAGCUUGGACAGAUACCUUUUCUUGGAAGACAGGUCAAGGUCAAACCUAACAUGGGAGACAAGGAAGAACAUUAUAACAGGACUAUCUCAAGCGUUGGAGUAUCUUCACAAUGGAUGCGAGAAGAGGAUACUUCACCGGGACAUAAAGGCGAGCAACGUAAUGCUGGACUCGGAUUUCAACGCGAAGCUAGGUGAUUUCGGGCUUGCGAGGAUGAUUCAGCAAAGCGAAAUGACUCAUCAUUCGACAAAGGAGAUUGCUGGAACACCGGGAUACAUGGCUCCUGAGACUUUUCUCAACGGAAGAGCCACAGUUGAAACAGAUGUGUAUGCAUUUGGAGUCCUAAUGCUCGAAGUAGUUUCGGGGAAGAAACCGAGCUAUGUCUUGGUCAAGGAGAACCAGAGCAACUACAACAAUAGCAUUGUGAAUUGGCUAUGGGAGCUAUACAGAAAUGGAACCAUCAUGGAUGCUGCGGAUCCAGGGAUGGAAAGUUUGUUCGAUGAAGAAUCAAUGAAAAGCGUUUUGCUCUUAGGACUUGCUUGUUGCCACCCGAAUCCGAACCAAAGGCCGUCCAUGAAAACGGUGCUGAAGGUCUUGACGGGUGAGACUAGCCCACCCGACGUGCCUACAGAGAGACCGGCUUUCAUGUGGCCAGCGAUGCCUCCAUCUUUCAGUGACAUUGACUACUCUCUCACCGGGAGUCAGAUCAAUUCACUUACCGAGCUUACUGGCCGAUGACAAUAAUCUUUAUUCGUUUGUUCUUCAAGAAUUUGAAAAUUGGGUUUGUUAUAUAUUACUUCUGUUUUUUUUGUGGACAUAGAAUUUGAUUGUCCGAUCAUAGAAGUGUACUUUUUUUAAUUUUUGAAUCUUUCUUUAUUCCUAUUAUGUUUUUGUAUC